GGGCGAGCGUGGCGGCAGAAGUGGGUUGUCGUCUCGUUGGUAACUUAUACAACAAAACAUCUCUCCCAGAACCAACAUAUUAUCGUGGACACCUUCAUACGCCACUUCACUAAAGUAACGUUGGUUCCAGUAAAACUAACGCAUUUCUCUCAAUAUUUCAACCUAUGAAAGAAUAAUAAGUCACUUAAUAACACGGAAGUAAUAAAUUCUAAAUACAUAAAAAUUAUAUAUGUAUAUUAAAAGCGAGAUUACCAAAAAAAGGGUGUCAUUGAGUCGAAGAAUUUAGAAACCAGUAACGUUGUUUAGAAAGUUUUCGUUAGGUAUCGCUCCUAGCUUCUUCAUCUGCCUGUAAACUGAGCAAAACUUCUCACCAAAUGGCAUUACAGCCGCUGCUUCUAACAGGUCUGUUCCUGCUGGUGGUGGUGAGAGGGCAGGAUGGCACAGUGGCCGUGGUAUCCAUCCCGGGGGUCUCUGGUUACCUCACCAACCCCUGCCACCUCCAGGAGCAGAAUCCCGAAGGAGGUGACGAUCGGAAUCCUGCAUUAUCUUUCGACCAGGUGCGUCGGGUAGCCUACAGCAACAUACACUUCGCUAACGCGUCCCUCAUCAGUAUCCAGACCAUCUUGAACAACGAGUGUAACACACCGUUCUCCCUGAACACGCUGCCCGCCCUACCUGUCAUCGACGAUACCACACAACAAGAUGCCUUCAGACAAAUGCAUCGAGAGUUGAUCUACUUGGCGGCGCACCUGUACUUCGCCAUCAACAACACCGACCACACUAACACCUUUUGCAGCCACGAGACGAGUCAGUUCAGCCUUCACCUCAGGCGGCUGACGGGGAUGCUAGAGAACCUACUGUGUCGGCUGACGGUGAUGAUAAACAACAGGGAACAACUGACGCCGGUCCUGGAGGAGGUAACAACACUGCACUUGUUGCAUGAAGCCUCCUGUGGGGGCCGACGCCUGUGGAUGUGUAUCUUGAUCUCCCGCACCCGCCGCGCCCUCGUCAUGAUGCGCGGAGUACUUCAGAAUGGACACGACAACUCUCCUAUCAACAACGAUAUCAAUGUGGUGACGACACAGCGUAAGAGGUUUUCCCGUAGGAGGGGAGUACCAUCUCCUCGUCAGGGGAGCCACUUGGGGUACCUCCGUCGGCGUACCUCUACAGCCUUCCUGGUUGCUCUUCAACAUUAUCUCACCCACGAAUACCCAAGUGACCCUCGACCUUCCUCCUACAUUCGCGGAGCUUCAAGAUACACCACCAUUCACGGAUUCUCCAACGCUUCAAAUUCCUCCCCCAACAACCUCGAUGGCUCCUCCAACACCCCUGGUUACUUCAGCCCCCCAGAGGCAUACAACGAUCUUAGUCUUUACAGGAACCCAAGAUUCUAUAACCCUCUGGACUAUGUUAAUACUUCUUCAGGUAUACCCAGCAAGCAUAACAGCUCUGGUCUCUCCAAUAUCAACAAUGUGUUCAGCUCCAUGGUGUCUCCUAACAAUCUUGACUACACCAAAACUGUGUACCCGUCAGACGUUCAUCUCCCUCCCGACACUGACAUCUCUCUGCACAGUUACUCCGACGUCCAUAGCGCCCUCACCGCCCCGGACUACCUAACUCUCAGGGGUUACUUUUACAAUCAGUUUCGUUCCAAGACUCAGGAUUAUUCAUCAGAUACCCCCACCUACUACUCCAACACUCCCCUCAAAUACUCCAACAGCUUGAACCCAGUCUCCAGAAAUCCUACCACCUACUCCAACAUUCCCAUCUACUCCAGCGUGUCCGAGUAUUAUGAUACCCCUAGUCAAUCCAUCAACCCCAGAAUUUGAGUCUCAUAGUGUUGAUAGACCUUAAAACAGAAGAAGAAACAGAGACGUCCCAAUAACAGAUCCAAUUACCUUAUAGUGUCGACAAAUCCCGAAUAAUGAAAACAAUUCUUACACCUUAAACUCUGAUCUCGAGUUUACAAGUGGAGUUUGGAGACACCUAUAUAAUUCUACCAGUUGAGGACAUGUACGUGGGGUUAUGAGCAGAUAAUAACAGGUUUGGAUUCUUUUGUUUAUAAAUUAAGUCAAUUAAUUCAGGAUCCUGUUAGAAUUCACGUAUCGCCCCAGACUCUAUACUGUACAUGAUGCACUGAAUCCCGUAUGGUAGA